UCAGCCACUGGGGGCGCUGUAUCUGUGCAGUUGCCCAUAGUAACGAAUGACACCACCAGCAGAGACGCACGCUGCAGUCGAGGCUUUAUUGCUCAGGGAGUUGUGUUUUACUCACAAACGUUAACUAGAUUAAUGUGCCGUUUCUCUGGUGCUGUAUAGAUCGGGAAUUUGGUACUGACAGGACAGGUUUGCUGGCUACAUCGUUCAAUGUCAGCGAUAAGCAGCCUUGUGCCAGCUCGUUUCCUCACUCUCAUAGCGCAUCUUGUCAUAGUUAUCACCAUAUUCUGGUCACGGGAGAACAAUGUUAAAGCUUGUUUGCCGUUAGACUACACUAAUGGAGAAUACGCUCUGGAAGACACACGGCUGGUGGUGGCAUUAUCUGUGUCUCUGGGACUGUUUGCUGUAGAACUUGCUGGGUUCUUCUCUGGAGCCUCCAUGUUCAACAACAAUCAAGGCCUUUUAUCUACAGCAUGUCAUGCAAGUGGCUCUGUUGCUCUGCUCUUCUUUCUGUUUGAGCAGUGGACCUGCAGCAUCUACUGGUGGAUCUUUGGCUUCUGUAGUGUGAUUCCUGCACUCUAUGAGAUGAUCCUGCUUAUUGCUGUCUUUGGGCUGAAGAAGAAGCCACUGUGAAUGAUACAGUAUUUGCAUGUCUAAUAGAAUUCUCCUUCAUGGUAUAACAGAGAAGAUUGGGUUGCCAAGCAACAGGAGUAUCGGUGGUCUAUCUACAAUCAGAGCAUAAAAGGAAAUACUGUUAAUAUUAUUACAGUUAUGUCUAUAUUCUUAUUAUCAUUUGUUCUCAUCAAAAGUACCAGAGUGGGACCAGAGAAAUGGUGCUUUAAUCUACUCAAUGUAUGUAAACAAAUGGAACUCAAGUAGGGAGAAUUUUAUACUGACCUUUAUCAAUAUAGCUUUUAUGUUUUGUGCUAUUGUUUUUUUAUAGUUUGCAAAUAAAAUAAAAUAUUUUUUAAAUGAAAAGUUGUAAUUGAAUGCAGUAUUGCAUGUUGAGAGUGAGGACUGAAUGCAGCCUUGCUGAAUAUCACCAGAGAAACCCAAAGCAUGUUAAUCAGCUGUAUUGCUUGAUUUCCAGCAGUGAAGCCUAAAGAAGGGAGAAAGGACAUUUUUUUGUAAGGGUCUUCAUGUUUUAAAGCACUGGUAGAGUAUUCAGGACAUUUGCAGUGUGACUGCAUCUUCCCAGAAAAAAGAGACAUUCAGCUUUCAUGUGUUUUGUUGUGAGCCAAAUAGGUCUUGUUUGUACUGUUGUGCUGGCCUAAGAAAUUGAGAUGCUCUAGUCUCAUGGCUGACAGAAGCUUUGGAGUCCCUCCCUCUCUAGCUGUCUGAGGGGUACAUAUAAGAGGAAAACUAAGGUGUAACAGAAUUUUGACACUUAGAUAUUUUGUAAUAAUUAAGAUGGUCUGACAUACAUUCAUUGUGGUGUCUUUGUGGUUUAGUUUUUAUGCCAUAUGAAGAAUGGAUCAAUAGAAAUGGUCCAAAAUUACUUGGGAUAAAAACUUUUUACAUUAAUUGACAUUAAAGUUUAAUAAUAUAAAAAAAUAUUAGAAAUAAUGGAAAUCUAACCUUUAAUUGAAGUAAAUCUAGUCAACAAAAACAAAACCCCUUAUCCAAAAACUGUUUUGAAAACAAAACCACUUGCAAAGUUUAUGACCAAAAUGUAACUGAAGCAUGUUCCUAUUUAUAUUUAAUUGUUUUGAAGUCCACCAGAGUGUGCAGGAACUCUUUAAUGGUCGUCUGUGACGUCCUGUUUCACUGGGGUAUAAAUAUGAGAUGAGAGAGGGGCUAAAUUCUCUUAGUCAUUCAUCAACAUGGGGGGAAAUCAGAGAGUACACAAACGAAAGGAGACAAAAGUUUAUUAACCUUCAUAAAUCAAGUAGUGGCUAAAAAUAGCUGCUCACUGUGGGCAACAAUUAAGUGGUUUAAAACAACUAAACCUCUGGUGAAGCUGCCUGGAAGAGGACCGGAGGGUGAGGGUACGAUUUUUGCACAAAGGGUAUGAUC